AUGCCCCCUCCCAUCCCUCCAACACCUCUAAAAUCCUCACCCCCCAAGAUAAAAAUAAUCUUCAUCCUCGGCCCUCCCGGCAUCGGAAAAGGAACACAAUGCACACUUCUCACACAAACACCUUUCCCUCCCACCCCCUCCAAAACCCCCUCCCCCACCAUCCACCAUCUAAGCAUCGGCGAAAUCCUCCGCACCGAGCUCUCAAACCCCCAUAGUAAAUGGGCCCCUAUAAUCCGCACGAACAUGGCAUCGGGACGGACCGGACCUCCAGAGAUGACGGUCUCGAUGUUGAAGUCUGUGAUGGAUGGGAAGAUGAAGAUGAAGAUGGAAAGUGGAGAGGGUGGAGAGGGAGAGGGAGAGAUAGGAGAGAUAGUGUUUUUAAUCGAUGGAUUCCCCCGCAGCACCGACCGAAUCGCCCUCUUCGAAUCCACCAUCUCCCCCCCAACACUAGUAAUCUCCCUUACAAGUCCCCUCCACAUUCUCCAAUCGCGACUCCUAUAUCGAGCUAAAACAUCUACUCGCAUUGAUGAUGGAAAUACAAUUAUGCAAAAAAGAUUCGAACAGCAUGUUUAUGCUACUGAACCUGUGAUUGCUCAUUAUAGGGAACGAGGUUUGCUGGUUGAGAUUGAUGGGAGUGGGAGUGUGGAGGUUGUUCAGGAGGAAAUGCGGAGGGUAGUGGGGAGGGUUUUGGGGUUGUGA